GGCCAGGCCAUGGCGGCGGAGGCGGCGGAGCGGCAGCUGCGGCUGCUGCGGGACGAGCGGGAGGCCGAGCUCGCCCAGAGCAGGGCCUGGCAGGAGAGCCUGUCCCUGCAGGAGCUGCAGCACAGGGGAGUCUGCCUGCUGAAGCUGCAGGCUGCCAGCCAGAGGACCGGGCUCUACGGGCGGCUGCUGGUCACCUUCCAGCCCAGGAGCCCUGGGGCCAGCAGCCAGCUGCCCUGCAACAGCUUUGGGGCUGGGGACAUCGUGGGCCUGUACAGCUCCUCUGGGCAGGGGGAGCCCCUCAGCACAGGCAUUGUCACCGAGGUCACCCCCAGGGCUGUGACUGUGGCCUUUGAGGAGGCCCAGGAGGGGCCCAGCCUGGAGCCAGCCUGCUCCUACCGCCUGCUGAAGCUGGCCAACGACGUCACCUACAGCAGGAUGAAGAGGGCUCUGCAGGCGCUGGGGCAGUACCGCACCGGGCCGGCCGCUCGCCUCAUCGACGUCCUCUGCUCUUCUGCUGAGCCCAGGGCAGCCCCUGAGACAGAGCCUCUGAAGUUCUUCAAUGACUCUCUGGAUGCCUCCCAGAGGGAAGCUGUCUCCUUCUCCCUGGCACAGAGGGAGCUUGCCAUCAUCCACGGCCCCCCUGGCACAGGGAAGACCUCCACCCUGCUGGAGAUCAUCCUGCAGGCUGCACAGCAGGGCCUGAAGGUGCUGUGCUGCGCCCCCUCCAACGUGGCCGUGGACAACCUGCUGGAGCGGCUGGGGGGCAGGGGGCUGCCGCUGCUGCGCCUGGGGCACCCUGCGCGGCUGCUGCCGCGGGGCCGCCGGCACUGCCUGGAGGCGCUGCUGGCGCGGGGGGACGCGGCCCCGCUGCUGGCAGACAUCCGCAGGGACAUCGACCGGGCCCUGGCCGGGAGCAGAGCAGCUCAGGACCAGGGGGAGCGGAGCCGCUGCCUCGGGGAGGUGAAGCUGCUGAGGAAGGAGCUGAGGCAGAGGGAGGAAGCUGCCCUGGCUGCAGCCCUCACCCAGGCCAGCGUUGUCCUGGCUACCAAUGCAGGGGCUUCCUCUGAUGGCCCUCUGAAGCUGCUUCCUGAGGACCACUUCGACCUGGUGGUGAUAGAUGAGUGUGCUCAGGCCCUGGAGGCCAGCUGCUGGAUCCCUCUGCUGAAGGCUCCCAAGUGCAUCCUGGCUGGGGACCACAAGCAGCUGCCCCCCACCAUCAUCUCUCACAAGGCGGCGGCGGCGGGGCUGGGCGAGAGCCUGCUGGAGCGGCAGGCGCGGCGCUGGGGCGGCCGGGCGGUGCGGAUGCUGCGGGUGCAGUACCGCAUGCACCAGGCCAUCAUGAGCUGGGCCUCGGCGGAGCUCUACGACGGACAGCUCACCGCACACCCCUGCGUGGCGCAGCACCUGCUCCGGGACCUGCCCGGCGUGGCCUCGACAGAGGAGACCAGCGUGCCCCUGCUGCUGAUCGACACUGCUGGCUGUGGCCUCUUUGAGCUGGAGCUGGAGGAUGAGCAGUCCAAGGGCAAUCCAGGGGAGGUGCAGCUGGCUGGUUUGCACAUCCAGGCCCUGGUGGAAGCUGGUGUGAAGGCCAAAGACAUUGCUGUCAUAGCUCCCUACAACCUGCAGGUGGACAUGCUGAGGGAGCACCUCUGCCACAAGUACCCAGAGCUGGAGGUGAAGUCAGUGGAUGGGUUCCAGGGAAGAGAGAAGGAGGCAGUGGUCCUGUCCCUGGUGAGAUCCAACAAGAAAGGCGAGGUCGGGUUCCUGGCCGAGGAGCGGCGGCUGAACGUGGCCGUGACCCGCGCCCGGCGCCACGUGGCACUGGUGUGCGACAGCCGCACCGCCGGCUGCCAGCCCUUCCUGCAGCGCCUGCUGGCGCACUUCAGCCGGCACGGGGAGGUGCGCUCUGCCUUCCAGUACCUCGACGACGUCGUGCCCCAGAGCUACCCCCGGCAGCGGGGCAGAGCGGCGAAGCCUCCUGCGGCGCCUGGCCCCAAGCCCGCGGGGAGGAAGCUCAAGGCCGCGGCUGCCUCCGAGCCGGCGGCGCCCGGGCCGGAAGCGCCCCGCGGCGCCGGGAGAGGAAGCCCGGGGCCGAGGGACGGCGCCGACCGGCUGCGGGCCAUGCUGGAGGCCUUCCUGGCGAGCGGCGAGGAGCAGCUGGACUGCCCCCCGAGCCUCAGCUCCCACGAGCGGCUGCAGCUGCACCUGCUGGCCGAGGAGCUGGGGCUGCAGCACGCCAGCAGCGGGCAGGGCAGGCAGCGCUACCUGCGCCUCCGCAAGAGCCGCCCCGGCCAGCCCCCGCCGCGCUCCGAGCCCGCCCCCAGCAGCCGACCGCCCCCUCCCCAGCCGCCCGGCGAGGAACCCGCGCUGCCUGCGCCGGGGGGAAGCAGCGAGGCCUCGGUGGACCUGAAAACCCUGCACCUGGAGAGGGUUCCGCGGGAGAAAGCCAGGCAGGAGGAGGCAGCCGGGAAGGCUCCGCAGCCCAGCGCCAGCCUCCGGGGCAGCAGCAGGAGGAAAGACAAAAGUGAAGCCAAAGGGAAGGCAGCAGCGAGGAGCGGCGCAGGCAGCGCGGCAGAGGAGGACAUCGACGCUCUGAUCUCUGCUGCUGUUCGAGCCGACAGCACCUGCGGCUUCGCCCCCUGCAGAGCCAGCGUCACGGUCCUGGGACAGCUCUGCCCCCACUGCCGCCGGCGCUACUGCCUCAGCCACCACAUCCCCGAGGUCCACGGCUGUGGGGAGAAGGCCAAGGCCCAGGCACGGCAGAGGCUCAGCAGAGAAGGGAUCCUGCAGCCUGGGAGUGGCUGCAAGGACAAGGCCCUGGACCCAGCCAGGAGAGCUCAUCUCCAGCAGCGCCUCGACAGGAAGCUCAGCGAGCUGACCAGCCAGAGGAAGGGCAAGAGGAGGGAGAAGGAGAAAUGAGAGCUCCAAACCCUUCCCUUGCAGCCUUGAAGCCCCAGGCCAGGCACCACCCACCAAAGAUGCUGCUGAAGCUCCAGGACUGUGCUGAGCCUGGAGGGGAGCACAGGAGCUCUCCUUUUUGGGUGGCAGAGGUCACUGGGGGUCCCUACAGCACAGAGCUGAGGGAGAGCUGCUUGGUUUGUCCCUGCCACUCUUGCUGCCAAGGUGCUGGAUGGGCACACUGUGCCAGUAAAGCCAGUAUUAAACACCUCA